AUAAUGAUGAUACUUCUACGUGUUUUUGUUAGUUGUUGUAUGUCAGUAGUUCCCUAAAAAUGCCGACAUUAUGACGCCUCUAUAUUCACUGGGAUCUAAUUUAAAUCGGACAAAAGUGUUGCAGUAUACAUUUGCAAGAAGAAUGAACAAUCAAGGAAUGUUCAAAAUUUUCAGUUGGCUAGCAGCGGCACUGUCUGAUACUGGAGAAGUAAUAUUUGAUGAAAGACCCUUCAUACCUCCCGAAGAAGGUGUAGGAGCCAGAGGAGCUGUACCUAAACAAACAUUUAUUUUGUAUUAUCACCCGUUGAAAUGCUAACAGUAGGAUAUAAUGGGAAUAGAACUUUUACCAAUGAGAUUCGGACUCGCUAAAUGUUGUAUGUGAUGUGGUGUGACAAAGUUCUGUGAAUUAACAGCGUUUUGUUUUAGUGUGGUGCAGUUCCAGUAAUCUGCCAUAGUAAAAGGUGACUUUGUAAAAGUUUUCUUUCAUUUGGUCGUUCUGUUACAUUAACAUUCUCUCUCAUAUUUCUCAAAAAGUUUCAGAAGCGCC